GCCGCACCCCGGGCUUGUCAUCGAAAAGGACACCUGGACUGGCAAGGUCGCCGACAUCAGCAGGGACUUCGUCCGGUUCAUGGACCUGUAUGUCCGUGAUGUGUUUACCACAGGUCUGAGCACAAAGAAGAUUUUGGGCUCAGAGUUGAGUACCAUGACCUUUCCGAUUGUUCUGCGAGACUUUGUCAAUGCGUUUCAUGAUGCGGCUCCGGCGGCAAUGUCCUUCACGCAGGCCAUGACAAACUGCACGGUUCUGCUUGCGAAGGAGUCAGCCAUGAAAAGCUUCAUCAAGAAGAUGGACGAGGAAGCAUCAAAGCAUCCGAGAGGCAUGAAGCCUGAAGAAUUCACCACCAUCUCAAGAAGUGUCACCCAAGAAGUGGAGGCCGAAUACAAGUCCGUGACUAUCUUUGGGUCGGACGAAACAAGGAAGGGCACCUGGAGCGAAAUUUGCUCGAAUCUGGAUACCCUCCGAAAGAGAUACGAGGAGGAGAAUGCCAGACGGUUAGAGAAGGCACUAGUCGCUUUCGCGAAUAUCUCCUUGAUCGGUCUUGCGCUCUUCCUGCUGGACCGUGUAAGUGAUUGGACCUGUGAUUGGUGGUCACAAACUUGCACGGACUUGAGCAAGAUCAUGCUCCUUGCCUACGUGCUCAUCUUUGGCUAUGUUGGCGUCCAAGCAUACUUGGCACUCCAUGAUCGGGGGCGAGUCGCCGCCGCGAUGGCAGGCGGCGAGCUGUGGAAAGAGAUGGUUCGCCUCAUGGGCCUGUACGGCGAGCUUCUGCAGGAGAUGGAGCUGAAGGAGGUUGCAGCCCGUGUCAAGGAGCAGGCCCUUGCUUGGUACAGCCAGGCCACGGGCGGAACUGCCAACGUCGACUCCAGCAAGAAGAAGGAUUGA